AUGACCUUCGAUCACUCCAAAGAACAACAGCAAGGCCACGGAGCUCCCCGGGGUCAACAGAGAUUGCCUCCCGAGGCAAAUCAUCUUUCAGACACUCAUCCCCCUCGCCCACAGUCACCAUGCUCAACCCCCGGUAGGAGCAGGUCGGGCUCACCGACACCCAGCCAGAACCUCGAAAAAGAGUCAUGGAAGGACAGUGAGCAAACUCUCGGUGCCUUCACCAUUCCGACUGGAGGAGAUGCAGAGGUAGCCGAGAAGCAACCGGGAUACAUGGCUGUCGGGGAGACUAAAGAAACUCAUGAAAUCACUGAACUUCAACGGUCCGAUCUCGGGUUGCGGCAGACCCCAUCCGCGGCACCAUCCAUAGCUGCAGCACCAUUCGCAUCUUAUUGUUGUGGCCUUGAACAGUCGCAUAGUCAUGAUGCUUCCGGGAAACCACGAGCCAGAUCAUCCUCACAGGCAUCAAGUUCCAGAACACCGACACUGCACGAAGUGCCCAGUGAAUUGGCGACUGCCAGUCGGGUCUCUACCGAUGCUUAUGGCAAUACUUAUCCAGAGGGAGGCAGAGACGCGUGGCUAUGUGUGUUUGGCUCUUUCUGCGGCUUGAUGAGUGCGCUGGGGAUGAUGAACACGUUGGGAACAUACCAGGCAUAUCUUUCCACACAUCAACUGCAAAGCAAGAGUGAGAGCACCGUUGGUUGGAUUUUCGGCAUCUACGCCUUCCUCUCCUUUCUCCUGGGCAUGGAGAUUGGGCCAGUGUUUGACGCCAAAGGGCCUCGUUGGUUGGUAUUUGCUGGGUCUGUUUUCAUGGUCGCCUCGCACCUCCUGAUGGGGGUGUGCACGGAGUACUGGCACUUCCUGAUUGUUAUAGGCAUUGUAGGUGGAAUUGGGACAUCUUUGGUGUUCACGCCCGCCAUUGCCGCGAUUGGCCACUACUUCCUGAGGAAAAGAGGCCAGACUACGGGACUGGCUGCCGCUGGCGGGUCCAUGGGUGGGAUCCUGUUCCCGCUGACACUCCAGGCACUGUUUCCCAAAAUCGGCUGGGCGUGGUCGACUCGAGUUAGCGCAUUGAUCAACCUUGUUCUCCUCAUCUUUGCCAACUUGUUCAUCAGAUCACGGCUCCCGCCACGCAAAGCCACCAAGGAAAACAUUCUCCCCGAUAUCCGCAUCUUUCGGGAUCCGGUCUUUGCGUUGACCACCGCAGGGGUCUUCUUCGUUGAAUGGGGUCUUUUUGUCCCUCUUACCUAUCUGAGCAGCUAUGCCCUGAGCCACGGCGUCUCGACCUCGUUCUCAUACCAGAUCAUCGCAAUCCUGAACGUCGGUUCAUGCUUUGGUCGAUAUUUUCCAGGUUUUGUCGCUGACAAGGUCGGCCGGUUCAACGCCAUGGUUGUGACCAUCUUUUUGUGCAUGGUGUCGACGUUGGCGUUCUGGCUUCCGGCCAAUGGAUCCAUUGCACUGAUCAUCGUCUACGCACUCGUGUUUGGGUUCGCUUCCGGCUCAGGAAUCUCGCUGACACCCGUCUGCGUGGGACAGUUGUGCAGGGUCGAAAAUUAUGGACGGUAUUAUGCUACCUGCUAUACUCUGGUGUCGUUUGGCUCCCUGACCGGCAUUCCAAUUGCGGGACAAUUGGUGACGGCGUGCAAGGGAGAGUAUUGGGGGUUGAUUGUAUUCACCAGUUGCAGUUAUGCGGCGUCGUUGAUCAUGCUAACGGCGGCAAGAGUGGUGGGCGCUGGAUGGAGUAUAAAGGCCAUAUAUUGA